GAAUACACUUGUUUACACGUUGUGCUUCACGCGGCAGAUGCGGUGUGACCAACACACUGCGCUUUCCAGCGUACAAAAGUUCGCUACGCGGUCUCACUUAAAGUUUUCAUUUCUGCCCGCUGUAAAGUCGCUUCAUCCCCGGUUGCCAUACCGACAUGCAGGAGUCCAAGACUGAUCAAACAACCAAUAGCAGUCAAGCUGGGCAGGAAGGUCAGAGCUCAGAGAGUGAGAAGAGAGUAACUAGGGAAACGUCUUCGUUACCGUCACUCACAACCCAUAUUCUGCAAACACAAGUGCCUGUAUCGUCGGGGAUGAUUACUCCUCAGGUGAUCACCCCUAAGCAAAUGCAGCAAAUACUUCAGCAGCAGGUCUUGAGUCCCCAACAGAUCCAACUGUUACUGCAACAACAACAGGCCCUCAUGUUACAGCAGCAACAGCUUCAGGAGUUCUAUAAGAAUCCGCAAGAGGAACUCCACCUACAGCUUCUGCAGCAACAGCAUGUUGGAAAAGCCAGUAAAGAGCAGCAGAUGAUGGCCCAGCAGAUGGCUAUCCAACAGCAGUUACUCUCUGUUCAACAGCAGCACUUGCUAAACCUGCAGAGACAGGGCCUGCUGUCUGUCCCGUCGGCACUUACCAACACACUGUCUCAAGGCCUGAUCCCUGCUGAGCUUCAAAAGCUGUGGAAAGAGAGUGCAGAUACACGACAAGAGGAGAAGAGUAGAGACAAAUCCCCUUCUCCCCCGAAAACCCAGAUCAUCAACCAUCACUCCAGCACUAAUGGACACCACAUGCCCCGACCCAGCCAGAGAGACAGUUCUCAGGAGAGUCAUUCCCACAGCGCACAUCCCCUGUACAGCCAUGGUGUGUGCAAGUGGCCAGGCUGCGACGCAGUGUUUGGAGACUUCCAGUCAUUCCUCAAGCAUUUGAACAACGAACACGCUCUGGACGACAAGAGCACGGCGCAGUGCAGAGUUCAGAUGCAGGUGGUUCAGCAGCUCGAACUGCAGCUCACCAAAGACAAAGAACGCCUUCAGGCCAUGAUGGCCCACCUCCAUGUCAAAUCUACUGAGCCCCAACCAGCCCCUCAGCCAGUCAAUCUGGUUUCCAACCUCACUCUUGCUAAGGGAACAGUUCCCACAGCCACUCCCUCUAUGAGUCUUUCCCAGAGUGCCACAACGCCAUCCACCCCCUUCACAUCACUGCCCCAGACACCCUCCAUCAUCAUCCCCACCAGCCUGCACAGCAUGGGUUCCAUCCACAAACGCUACUCAGACAAAUACAACAUGGCCAUGGACCAAGAUAUUGUACAGAAUAAGGAGUUCUACCUGAGUGCUGAAGUCAGGCCUCCGUUUACUUACGCAGCUUUGAUCAGACAGGCCAUAUUGGAGUCUCCAGAAAAGCAGCUGACACUAAAUGAAAUCUACAACUGGUUCACGCGAACAUUUGCAUAUUUCAGACGCAAUGCAGCAACGUGGAAGAAUGCCGUUCGCCACAACCUCAGUCUCCACAAGUGUUUUGUACGGGUGGAGAAUGUGAAGGGGGCCGUUUGGACCGUGGAUGAGUUGGAGUUUCAGAAAAGGCGACCUCAGAAGAUCACUGGAUCACCUCUGGUGAAGAACAUCCAGACCAGUUUGGGUCAGAGUCCUGCCCUAUCUGCACUGCAGGCAGCGAUGGUGGACAGCAGUCUGCCCCUAUAUGGCUCUGCAUCUACGGGAGCUUCCAGCCUGAAGGCCCUGGCCAGCACUCUGCAUGAGGACAUGAGUUCUCAUGAGCAGGACGACAGCUCCCACAGCGACUCCAGCCUGGAGCUCUCUCCUCUGCCCAUACUGCACCAGUCUCAAAUUAAAGAGGAGCAAAUGGAGGAUGAGGACUAUAAUGGCUCCAUGUCUCCAGAGACCAAAGACCAGCACAGUCCAGAUCCCAACCACCAUGGUGAAUGCACCGAAGAGCACGACUCGGCCUGUCAGCCGGCUUUCUCCUGAGACCAUCUCCAUCACUCAUUCCACUGCUGAGAUCUGUCCAAUGUACCAACUGACUCUGAGAACUCUAACACAUGAAAGUUUAACUAUUCCACUUGGGAACAACCAUUUAUUUAUUGUUUCAAUAUUACCUGUUUGUGUUGUAUGCAGUGGAUGGAUCUCACUGGUACUAAAGGGCUGCACUGUGUUGAGGUUUAUACAUUAGAAAAGUUUGCCCAUCAACUUGCCGAUAAAGAGGGCGCUGUAGGCAGCACAUCUUUUGUUUAUAUAUUAAACACUACAGCACUUGAAUUGAAUCAACAACUUACCAUUAAGGGAAGAUGGUUUCCCUGUCAACUGAGAAAAUGUUAUAUCCAUAUGAAUGAACUAUUUUAUUAAGCUGUCUGUGACCAGAUUUGUUUAUUGUAAAUGCAAGUUCGAAUCACCUCAAAUACUGUAGGGUUAGUUGCCAUGUUGGUAACGUGUGGCCUUAAAUUUUGGACUGCUCUUUGGUAGAAUGGAAACUGAAAUUGUGAAUGUCUAUAUUUUUUACCUCUGAUUUUUCAAGAUAAACACAAAACCAAACCUAAGGGGAACAUUUUAUAACCAGCACUUGAUGAAUGUUUUUUGUUUUAAAUUUUAGUAUAUUCUUCUGUUUUGAUUUUUUCACUAGUGUGUACAGAAAGUUACUGUGUUUCUAUUAUCCACAACAUUUACACCGAAACGGCACAAUAAAUACAAUCGAGCCUCAUUUUAAACAGACCUAACAAACCAUUAAGUUACUAAUGAAGCUAAACCAAACCUUUGCCUUUGUAUUCAAGUAGAAGAAGAUUUUGUCUAGUUUGGUUAUAUAAAAACAAGUUACCAAAGAUUGUGAAAGAUGUUUUUGUGUUGUGUUUUGUUUACAUGGUCCCUUUUGAUAUGGCCAAGACAAAAAUGUCAUUCACGCUACUCUGUUUAGAUAGGACAUUAAAUGCGCUAAUCAUUGAAUUGAGUAAUCUGUAAUUGUACCACAAAGAAAAGAUUACAUAAUUGUUGAGUGAAUAACUUGUGUAUCACAUGUCCAAACAAAUAGAAGGCAUCUAUUUAAAAUCAAAUAUUUCAGUUUGCACCACACUUCUGAAUAAAUGACCUCAUGAUUAAUACAUAUUUCUGUGUACAAUGUGAAGAAACAAAAAUGUAUAUGCUGAUUUAAUAGGAAUGUUUAUCUAUUUGGUCCAAACAAACGCAUGUAUACACAAUUAUUAAAACAAUUUUUUGGUUAAUUAUAUUUAAUUUGAAAUAAGUUUUAAGAGUGGGAAAUGAAAACUUUUUUUUUUUUUCAAUUAAUUAUCUAGGAUAAAUUGUGGCCCAAUUAAGAAUUGAAAUAGAGCAGUCUCAUAAAGUCAUACACAUCUGUGCUACAGAUCAAUACAAAUAAUUCACGUCAUGAAUUCAGAUUUGGUACCAUGACUUUAAAUAUAUUUAUUAUAUUUAUCAUUUGCGCAUACACUGAAAAAAAUAGCAUUUGGUAAUAAUAAAAAAAAAUCCUUUUAUCGACGUCGUCUUUUUUCUUCUUUUUACUGUCCAAGUCUGCUGUAUGUGAGAAAAUAUAUUAAUACAUACAAAGAUCAAUAAGAAAAUACAAUAUAUUCAAGAUGUCAUAGACAUGUCUUACUAUAUGUAAAAAAAAAAAAAACAGCAAUAACUUGUUGCCACAGGUAUGUCAAAUAAAUGGCACAGAAUACAGAACAUAUGAAUACAUUGUCUUUGGUUAUAAACAACUUCUGUAGAUUUUGUAUCAUUCUUUAUGCGAACAUGAAAUACAGAAUGAAACAUUAUGGCGGUGGAAACAUCCGCCGCCUGUCUUUAUCAGUUUAAAGACUGAUUACAUUCCAAUAUAAUGUUUUACUACACAAUAUUGCAGGUACAGCAGUACAGCGUGACGUAUGACGUUUAGCUGACCAAGCUUAUGUUUAAAAAAAAUUAUUGUAUGAAAUUGGAUGGUAUAUUUUAAUGUAUUUCAUAUUUAUUAACAGUGCACGAAAUAUUACAAAACAUAAAGGGACAAUUAUCGUUGCUUCACACUCUAAAGUUAACCGAAUUCUCUCUGGGAAAUAAUCACAUGUCUGAUCCUCCAUCUGUAUCUUCAUCUCAAACUCUCUCUCAAACAUCCCAUAUUGCUUACUGACUCUUCAGGCCAGAUUCAGAACAAUGGCACCUUCUUUCCAGUCAAAAUUAUUAUGAUUUUUUUUUAUUUAUUUUAACUAGUUUGCAUUUUAAAUUUCCUGUUAAAUAAAAAAAUAGUUAUUCAACCAGUAAUUUUAGCAUAGACUAAUCCAUUUUUUAUUCUGUGGCGGGAAAGCAAGAUCUAGCGCUCACGCGGUGCUACUGGCGACUCUUAUACGGAAAGUAACAAAGAUUUGUCCAAAAAUUCACUAGAUUUGUUGCUAGGUGCUUUUUAGGGUGGGGGGAAGCAGCUAAAGGGGUCUGUAAAGUCGCUAAGUUGGCAAUACAAAAAUCGUACUUUCAUACGAGGACGACAGGAAAUGAAAACUGAGUUUUCAAACUAAUUC